AUGGUCAAUUUUGUAAAGACCGAGCUCAGGAAGAUCCAGAAAGUUUUGAGUGCAGAUUACCCAGAAUGCUUAGAGAGUCUGAGGGAGAAUGAUGAGAUGUUGGAGAAUGAGGACGAACAGCAAAGGAAGAGUAGCAGAGUAGCAUUUCUGAAGAUCACACUCCACUUCCUGAGGAGAAUGAAGCAGAGGAAGCUGGCUGACCAUCUUCAGAGCAGGACCCGUGCUCCAGGGUGCCAACAUGAACUCAAGUCUAACCUGAAAAAGAAGUUCCAGUGUGUGUUAGAGGAGAUUGCUAAAACAGGAAACCCAACCCUUCUGAAUCAGAUCUACACAGAGCUCUUCAUCACAGAUGGAGGGACUGCAGGGGUCAGUGAUGAAUAUGAGGUCAGACAAAUUGAAACAGCAUCCAGGAAACCAGACAGACCAGAAACUACAAUCAGACAAGAAGACAUCUUUAAAGCCUCAUCUGUUAAAGAUAAACCAAUCAGAACAGUGCUGACAAAGGGAGUGGCUGGCAUUGGGAAAACAGUCUUAACACAGAAGUUCACUCUGGACUGGGCUGAAGACAAAGCCAACCAGGACAUCCAGUUCAUGUUUCCAUUCACUUUCAGAGAGCUGAAUGUGCUGAAAGAGAAAAAGUUCAGCUUGGUGGAACUUAUUCAUCACUUCUUUACUGAAACCAAAGAAGCAGGAAUCUGCAGCUUUGAAGACUUCCAGGUUGUGUUCAUCUUUGAUGGUCUGGAUGAGUGUCGACUUCCUCUGGACUUCCACAAAACUACAAUUCUGACUGAUGUUACAGAGCACACCUCAGUAGAUGUGCUGCUGAUAAACCUCAUCAGGGGGAAACUCCUUCCAUCUGCCCACAUCUGGAUAACCACACGACCUGCAGCAGUCAAUCAGAUCCCUCCUGAGUAUGUUGGCAUGGUGACAGAGCUCAAUGGAUUCACUGACCCACAGAAGGAGGACUACUUCAGGAAGAGAUUCAAAGAUAAGAAGCAGGCCAACAAGAUCAUCUCCCACAUCAAGAUAUCUCGAAGCCUCCACAUCAUGUGCCACAUUCCAGUCUUCUGCUGGAUCACCGCUAUAGUUCUGGAGGAUGUGCUGAAAACCAGAGAGGGAGGACCGCUGCCCAAGACCCUGACUGAGAUGUACAUCUACUUUCUGUUGGUCCAGGCCAAAGUGAAGAAGAUCAAAUAUAAUGGAGGCACUGAGACAGAUCCAUACUGGAGUCCAGAGAGCAAGAAGAUGAUCAAGUCUCUGGGAAAACUGGCUUUUGAUCAGCUGCAGAAAGGAAAUCUGAUCUUCUAUGAAUCAGACCUGACAGAGUGUGGCAUCAAUAUCAGAGGAAACUCAGUGUACUCAGGAGUGUUCACACAGAUCUUUAAAGAGGAGAGAGGACUGUAUCAGGAGAAUGUGUUCUGCUUCAUCCAUCUGAGUGUUCAGGAGUUUUUGGCUGCUCUUCAUGUCCAUCUGACCUUCAUCAACUCUGGAGUAAAUCUACUGGAGAAACAGCAAACAAUAUCUAAGAUGUCCAAAGUAUUUAAAGACAAACCUAAACUGAAAGAUCUCCACCAGAGUGCUGUGGAUAAGGCCUUACAGAGUCCAAAUGGUCACCUGGACUUGUUCCUCCGCUUCCUCCUGGGUCUUUCACUGCAGACCAAUCAGACCACUCUACGAGUCCUUCUGACACAGACAGGAAGUAGUUCACAGUCUAAUCAUGAAACAGUCCACUACAUCAAGAAGAAGCUCAGAAAGAAUCUGUCUGCAGAAAAAAUGAUCAAUCUGUUCCACUGUCUGAAUGAACUGAAUGAUCGUUCUCUAGUGCAGGAGAUCCAACUGCUCCUCAGUUCAGGAAGUCUCUCCACAGAUAAACUGUUUCCUACUCAGUGGUCAGCUCUGGUAUUUGUCUUGCUUUGUUCAGAAGAAGAUCUGGAUGUGUUUGACCUGAAGAAAUACUCUGCAUCAGAGGAGGCUCUUCUGGGGCUGCUGCCUGUGGUCAAAGUCGCCAAGAAAGCCCUGUUGAGUUGUUGUAACCUGUCAGAGAGAACCUGCAAAGCUCUGUCUUCGGUUCUAAGCUCAGAAACAUGUAUUCUGGAAGAACUAGACCUGAGUAACAACAACCUGCAAGAUUCAGGAGUUAAACUUCUUUCUGCUGGUCUGAUGAGUCCAAAUUGUAAACUGGAAACUCUGAGCCUGUCAGGCUGCCUAAUCACAGAGGAAGGUUGUACUUUCCUGACGUCAGCUCUGAGCUCAAAUCAUUCCCACUUGAAAGUGCUUGACCUUCGCUACAAUCAUCCAGGAAAAUUGAAAGUGAGGCAGGGACUCAAGGAUCCACACUGGAAACUCAGGCUCGAUCAUGGUGGACAGCAGUGGUUAAAACCUGGUUUGAGGAAGUGUAAGUUUGACAAAUGA